AUGGAAGUCAGGCUCGACAAUCUUCUCGGGCAUCUGGGGAACGUGGAAAAAAUCCUGGUAUACGCAUUUGGAGUCUUCGACAGAAAUGGAUUGCCGCCGGCCCUUGAUGAAUUGCUCUUCCCUUCCAACGGAUCGAGUAAAGACCUGACGACCCUGCAAGUCUCCCACGGUCAUAACGAUGCAUUCUUCGCCUUUGACGAGGACGACCGAAUAUCACAUAUCAACACAGAGUUCCGAGACAUCGCAAGUAGCAUUGCCCAUACCUGCUCCUCACAACCUGCGAUACAAGCAGCUGCAACCUCAACUUACACUCGGUCGGAGGAAGUCACAUACAUUCUCGCAUUGGGACGAGGUCAAAGGAGACGAGCGCCAGAAUCCGACAAUGUGCGGGCGACAGUCCUCGAAAAAGAAGCUUCGUCCUGGGAGCAUUGCAAUCGCCGGCGUGUUGUCGAUGGGGCCGUCGCCCGAGAGGAACUGUAG